AUAAACAAAGAAACUGCAAAUAGAUUAAAGUUGUUUAAACUCCCCCUCUAAACCCUAAAAACUCACAUGGAUCAACAAGGAGUUGUGAACAGAAGACUAGCCGUUCUCGUAGGCUGCAACUAUCCCAACACAAGGAACGAGCUACACGGCUGCGUCAACGAUGUUUUAGCCAUGAAAGAAACUCUUAUAACCCGUUUCGGAUUCAAACAAGAAGACAUGGAAGUACUAACUGACGAGCCAGAGUCAAAGUUAAAACCCACCGGAGCCAACAUCAAGGCUGCUUUACGUAGGAUGGUAGAGAAAGCUCAAAAUGGAACUGGAGACGUCUUGUUCUUCCAUUACAGUGGCCAUGGAACUAGGAUCCCAUCGGUUAAACCUGCUCAUCCUUUUAAACAAGACGAAGCUAUAGUUCCUUGUGAUUUCAACCUCAUCACAGAUGUUGAUUUCAGAGAGUUAGUCAACCAACUUCCUAAGGGAACAAGCUUUACCAUGAUCUCGGAUUCUUGCCAUAGUGGUGGUCUCAUUGACAAGGAGAAAGAACAAAUCGGACCAUUCUCCUCUGGUGAUAAAUCUCCGGACAUGGAGACAACCACAACAACAACAACAUCACGUGCCUUGCCCUUCAAGGAAGUCCUAGACCAUUUGAGUUCCCUUACUGGAAUCUUAACUUCAGACAUUGCUACACACCUACUCGAGCUCUUUGGUGGCGACGCUGGUCUAAAGUUCCGGCUACCGACGAUAGACUUGAUGGAACUUUUGGAGAGUAUGACGUUGCGUGGAAGACACGUUGACUCAGGGAUAUUGUUGAGCGGGUGUCAGGCGGAUGAAACGUCUGCUGACGUAGGCGGUGGUGGAGGCGGGAAGGCGUAUGGAGCGUUUAGCAACGCGAUUCAGAAGGUGCUGAAGGAAAACGGAGGUGCCUUGAAGAACAAGGAACUAGUGAUGAUGGCUAGGGAAGUGCUUGAGAAACUAGGGUUUCAGCAACACCCUUGUCUCUACUGCAGUGAUCAGAACGCUGACGCCACGUUCCUGUCUCAACCUUGAUGUGACUCAUGCUAUUAUAUGUCGUUUUUUUAUUUGAAUGUGUAUUUUCAAAAAAUUAAACAAUAAUAACAAUGUUCAGAUUUUUAUAGUCGUUUUAUAAAGAAUUAUUGAUUAAACAUGCAUAUAGACCAACUUUUUUAACUAAAAAGUCGUUUUGUUUAGGUCUAAUUUGCUGUCUG